GGCCGAGGGUUGGAGCCGGGCGGACAGAGGGACUGGCGGAGGCACGCAGGCAGGGGCGAUGGCUCUGCUCGCCGGCCGCCUGUGCGCUGUGCUCGGGGCGCUGGCGCUGGCGCUGCCUCGGACUGGUGCCGUCGAUGAGCAACCUGGCGAUGCGCACGGUGCCAGCCAGGGCUUCCAAAUCGUCACCUUCAAGUGGCACCAUGUCCAGGACCCAUACAUCAUCGCGCUCUGGAUCCUCGUGGCCAGCCUAGCCAAAAUUGUGUUCCACCUGUCCCACAAAGUCACCAGUGUGGUGCCUGAGAGUGCGCUGCUCAUCGUACUGGGCCUGGUGCUGGGGGGCAUCGUCUGGGCAGCUGACCACAUCGCCUCCUUCACGCUGACACCCACACUCUUCUUCUUCUACCUGCUGCCCCCCAUUGUGCUGGACGCUGGCUACUUCAUGCCCAACCGGCUCUUCUUCGGGAACCUGGGCACCAUCCUGCUCUAUGCGGUCAUUGGCACCGUGUGGAAUGCGGCCACCACUGGCCUGUCACUUUAUGGUGUCUUCUGCAGCGGCCUGAUGGGUGACCUGAAGACUGGACUCCUGGACUUCCUGCUGUUUGGCAGCCUCAUUGCUGCUGUGGACCCAGUGGCUGUCCUGGCUGUGUUUGAGGAAGUCCACGUCAAUGAGGUCCUGUUUAUCAUCGUCUUUGGGGAGUCACUGCUGAAUGACGCCGUGACUGUGGUCCUGUACAAUGUGUUUGAGUCUUUUGUGAUGAUAGGUGGUGACAAGGUGACAGGUGUGGACUGCGUGAAGGGCAUAGUGUCCUUCUUCGUGGUGAGCCUGGGGGGCACGCUGGUGGGGGUGGUCUUCGCCUUCCUGCUGUCCCUGGUGACCCGAUUCACCAAGCAUGUGCGUAUCAUUGAGCCCGGCUUCGUCUUCGUCAUCUCCUACCUGUCCUACCUCACAUCUGAGAUGCUGUCCCUGUCAGCCAUCCUGGCAAUCACCUUUUGUGGCAUCUGCUGCCAGAAGUAUGUGAAGGCCAACAUCUCAGAGCAGUCGGCCACCACGGUGCGUUACACCAUGAAGAUGCUGGCCAGCGGGGCAGAGACCAUCAUCUUCAUGUUCCUGGGCAUCUCUGCUGUGGACCCCCUCAUCUGGACCUGGAACACAGCCUUCGUGCUGCUCACACUGGUCUUCAUCUCUGUGUACCGGGCCAUUGGCGUCGUCCUGCAGACCUGGAUCCUGAACCGGUAUCGCAUGGUGCAGCUGGAGACUAUUGACCAGGUGGUGAUGUCCUAUGGUGGCCUGCGAGGGGCUGUGGCCUACGCCCUGGUUGUGCUUCUGGAUGAGACGAAGGUCAAAGAGAAGAACCUGUUUGUCAGCACCACAUUGAUUGUUGUCUUCUUCACAGUCAUCUUCCAGGGCCUGACCAUCAAGCCUCUGGUGCAGUGGUUGAAGGUGAAGCGGAGCGAGGAGAGGGAGCCCAAGCUCAAUGAGAAGCUGCACGGCAGGGCUUUUGACCACAUCCUCUCAGCCAUAGAGGACAUCUCAGGACAGAUCGGACAUAAUUAUCUCAGAGAUAAGUGGUCCAAUUUUGACAGGAAGGUCCUCAGCAAAGUCCUCAUGCGAAGGUCAGCCCAAAAGUCUCGAGAUCGGAUUCUGAAUGUUUUCCAUGAGCUGAACUUGAAGGAUGCCAUUAGCUACGUAACUGAGGGAGAGCGGCGUGGAUCCCUGGCCUUCAUUCGAUCCCCAAGCACCGACAACAUGGUUAACGUGGACUUCAGCACACCGCGCCCGUCUACUGUAGAGGCCUCGGUAUCCUACCUCCUAAGGGAGAAUGUGAGUGCUGUGUGCCUGGACAUGCAGUCCCUGGAGCAGCGGCGAAGGAGUAUCCGUGACACAGAGGACAUGGUCACCCACCACACCCUGCAGCAGUACCUGUACAAGCCAAGGCAGGAGUAUAAGCACCUCUACAGCCGGCACAAGCUGACACCUAGUGAGGCUGACAAACAGGACAAGGAAAUCUUCCACAGGACCAUGCGCAAGCGCCUGGAAUCUUUCAAAUCAGCCAAGCUGGGCAUCAACCAGAACAAGAAGGCAGCCAAGUUAUACAAGAGAGAGCGUGCACAGAAGCGGAGGAACAGCAGUAUCCCCAACGGGAAGCUGCUCAUGGAGAGCCCGGCCCAUAACUUCACCAUCAAGGAGAAAGAUUUGGAACUUUCGGACACUGAGGAGGUCCCAGAUUAUGAAGCUGAGGAGACCAGUGGGGGCAUUGAGUUUCUGGCCAAUGUCACAAAGGACACAGCCUCAGACUCCCCGGCAGGAAUUGACAACCCCGUGUUCUUCCCGGAUGAGGACCUGUACCCCAGCAUCAUUGCCAGGGUUCCACCCUGGUUGUGCCCUGGGGAGACUGUGGUGCCCUCCCAGAGGGCCCGCGUGCAGAUCCCCCAGUCUCCCAGCAACUUCCGCCGCCUGGCACCCUUCCGUCUCAGCAACAAGUCAGUGGACUCCAUCCUGCUGGUGGACAGCCCUGAGGAGCGGCUCCACACACUCCCAGAAUCCACACACAUGUGACACCGGCUCCGACACGCCACUGACCGGAAGUUUGUCCCCGCACCGAGAUCCGCCUGCUGCCCCGCAGCCCCCGCGCCCCGCGCCAUUUCCGCCCGUGAGCCCUGUGCAGUCCAUUCGCACUCCGGGACCCGGGGCGCAUGCGCGGUCAGCGGCGGCCAGGCGCGUGCACAGCCGGCGCUCGUUCCAGCGGCCGCGGGCUCGCCGCCGCCCCGAACUGCGCAAGCUUGCCUCGCUGCAGCCCCCGGGACCAGUCGAGUUGCCACCGCUGGCGCUGGAACAGGAGGAGACGCCUCUCUGACCUGGACGACAGGCCCGAUGGAGCCCCGCACCGACUCGGAGUCCAGACAGCCAGGCCGGGGUCAUCCUUCCGUUGCUGAUAGGGUACCAGGUCUCCAGUUUAUCCGGAGACAUCUGUCCUUGCACAUCUUUGGAUUGUGAGCGGUGGCCUACUAGGCGGGAACAAGGGUGUUGACAUAUCACAUCCGUUGCCGGUUCUGUGAUGCCGGUUACCCUCUGGCCGGUGGCAUUUGUUAACGAUGGUAUCUCAGCUCUGGCAGCCCAGUCCUUUCCCAGCUGACAGCGGCUGACCACACGUCUGGGUCUCAGGAUUAUACUUGUCCCCACAGACAAGGUGUCAGCCAAACUGUGCCUCAUGGCACUAAGUGGCAGAAGACCAGGUUGGGCAGGGCUUGGAGCUGUCUCCAGGUAGCCUAUUGGAGCCACCGUGGGCUCUCCUGGGGCCCCAUAAUCCUGGCAAGUAAGGCCCAGGGUGGGGAGGGAACUGGGGCUUGACUCACCAAGAACAUGGCAGAGUGCCCUGUGCUGGACUUCCUCCUGCUGCCCCCAGGGCCUAGGAAUGUGGCCUUGGACAGCCCUGGCCCCUAGAGUAGUGAAAGGUGGGCAGCCUCCAGUCCUCUGAGCACAGGCUGAAGCUGGCCAAGGCAGAGUCCCGCUGCACCCAGGUCACUGAGGAAAACCCAAAGGAGCUGCAAGGACGCAAGGGCCCUCUAGGCUUUCUAGAAACAAACCACUCAUAGUUCUCUGCUCAGGAAAACUAAACUUGUCUCAGGGUCCAGACUGACAGUACACAUUCUCAGGGUUCAGAGGGGAUUGGCAGCACUUGGUGUUAAUGCUGCACUGUGAGUUCCAGAUAGAAAAAGCAUACAAUUUCCCUUUUACAACUGCACUGUUGAAUCAGUAAAAAAGUUUGUUUAGCACAAAAGCCUCUAAGCAGCUCCUCUGACUUCAACCUGUCUGCUGUCACUGAGUCACAGCUCAGUCCUCUUAAAGUGCAGGACGGUUUCCAGGAGCUGCUCUGCUUAAAGCUGAGACCAGCCAGCUGGUGCAAUGUGGGAGCCUUACCUGGGAUGCUCUGAGAGGUGGCCAGCCCGCUCACAGCUGGAGCUGCCUUAACCUUCCUAGGCCACUAGAUGCAGGAUUCGAUUCCCACUGCAGAGUCAGAAAGGCCAAGUGGCAAAUCUGAAACAGACGCUCCUUGACGCCCCACGCUGGUGUCUUUGAGGAGGCACUCUUGUCUGGGCAAGUAUGAACUGCACAGCUGGACACAGCUGCGGUGGAGCCAGAUUUCAGACAAGGAAGCACUGGUCCUGGGAAACCACCUCUCACCCCUGGAGUGCUCUGUGACUAGAGGAAAACCCUACUAUUGCUGUCACUAGUGAAACAAAAAUGUAAACAGUCCAUGAAUGUAUUUCCUUAUGGAAGCUGUUGUAAAAAUUUUUAUUAGGAGAAUGUCUAUUUAUUUAAUACUAAACUUUGGCCUACUUUGUGGUACUGUAAUAUACACAAAUUUAGAAAACUGCUAUUUCUCACUUCUGUAUUUUUCUUGAAAAUAAUUUUAUUAUGGUGUUCAAUGUACUGUAUAUCAACUGUCUGUUAUGAAAGGAAAUUGAAAGAAUUUUGUCCAAACCAGAAUUAAGGUGGAUUUUAUGAAUGAAUUGUCACUGGCCAAAGCCUUGAUUCUAAAUCACAGGGCGAUGUGCCUUAUGAUGUUCCUGCAGAUACACGGUGGCAUCAUCUGCACAGGGAGCACAUCACGAUAAUCUCUAAGACUGACUACUUGACGGAUUCUAUUAAAAUAUCUCAAGGCA